AUGUCGAAGGCGAGUAGUAGUAGCAGAGUGAUGAAUAGCUAUGACGGUGGAUUAGAAGCAAACACAUUAGCUAUGCUUGAUUCCACCGGCGAUAAAGACGAUCGUGACGCUAACGAAGAUCGUUUGAUGUUUCUGGGAGCUGUUCGUUCCGCUUCACUAGUACCCGAAAACGGAAUUCCUCCAUCGAAAAAAAUGUAUCAAGCGAUUUUUCGGAUAUUGAGAUUUGGAAAAAGAUUAGAAGUUAUUACAGCAAGUUUCCAGAUUUUGAAACAAUUACAUCAGAGGUUUCCUUGGGUUUAUGUAUCUGGUUCAGCUUCUAGUGGGAAACAUGAAUUGGAAACUAUUGAAGAGGCUUGGUCACCGUUUAAUUUUGGGUCUGAUGUUGGUUCUGAUGAUAAAGAAACAUCAGUGAGAAGCUCAUCGUUUCAACAGCUGAUUCAGAAUAUGAACAAAGGAGUUAGUGAGCCUGAGGAAUCAGAUUUGAAGAUUCUUAGGAAUAUGUUCUUGUUCGAGUAUCUUGUUCAUUUUCUUAAGUUAGAUUUCACGCCACGACAUCAAGUGUAUGAAGAAACCAUGGACUGGAGUCUUUUAAAGGAAUCCUCACUGAAUCUACUUCUGGCUUCAAGAAAAGUGAAUUUCAAACACCUAAUGAAAGAUUGCCUAUCUACAAUGUGUGCACUCGUUGAUCCUAGUGAAAAGUCGAUCAGUAUGGUAGAGUUGCAAAAGGGAUCACUUUCUGCUAUGAAGGAACUUCUAGUAAUGAUCAUGGAGCUUGAUGCAUCAAAGAAGAAAGCUGACAUAGAAGGCGUUACUACAAGAGGAGACGGCGUAAGGACUCCUGCGUUGGAGAUCAUUGUGGACGAGCUAACUUACGACGGAUACCUACUGUCAAGUUUUCUUCAGGUUUUCGACAAUCCUAAAUGGAAGCUAGAGAUUGUUCUUCAAUACCUCACCAAAUACAUUACUAAGCCUUCAGUUCGUACUCGAAGAUCAAACGGUCCUCCUGCAGAUGAAUCCAAAACGCUAAAUGGGAUCUUGAAGUCCUUUUCAAAUGGCACAAAUGCAAAGAACAUCACCAAAAAGAUAGGACCUGGCAUUGUUCAAAUCCUCAUUGGACAUGCCUUUCUGGCUCAGCUCACAUUCGCUAACGCAAAUGAAGGCGACUCUCUAACAGAGAUAUGCAAUAGUGUCAUAUCUGCAUUUACUAAUCUAAAGCGAGUAGAUCAGAAAAUCGAGAUUUUGCCAUUUGGGAAGGAAGUGCUGUUUACUGCAGAAAUGGUUCUCAAGGCAAAAGCUUAA